AUGGAAAAAAAUGAGUUUCGAGCGGUGAUUAAACACUCGUAUUUAAAAGGCUUAACAUCGAAAGAGACCAAAGCUGAGUCGGAUGAAGUUCGUGGUACAUCUACGCCUAUGUUUGCAACUAUUUACAAUUGGAUAAAAGAGUUUAAACGUGGCCGUACAUCCACAAAUGAUGAACGUCGUUCGGGACGUCCAGUGGAAGUGACUACACCCGAAAUGAUUGAUAAAAUCCACGAUAUAGUUUUGAGUAAUCGACUAACCAAAGUGCGCGAAAUAGUUGAGGCCACAGACACAUCGCAAGGUACAGUGUUUUCAAUGUUGCACGAAAAAUUGGGAAUGAAAAAAAUCUCUGCAAGAUGGGUGCCGCGUUUGCUCUCAGUGGAGAAUAAACGCAAUCCUGUGGUCGACUCUGAGGCUGUUUUGGCUCUUUUUCGUCGCAAUCCUGACGAGUUUCUGCGUCGUUAA